AUGGUUUCUACCCUCUCUCAAGGUAUUGGGAACUCAGGCAAGGAACCAGAAGUUCCUACAGUACAUGGAAAUCUUCCUUUACCACUGCCUGAAUAUUCAAGUGGAAAAGAGCAAGCCGAACCUCAACCAGCAGUCCAACAAGAAGGGAGUCCAAACCUGCAGAGAAGACACUAUAGAGGAGUCCGGCAGCGGCCUUGGGGUAAGUGGGCUGCCGAAAUCCGGGAUCCAAAGAAGGCUGCAAGAGUCUGGCUUGGAACUUUUGACACUGCAGAGGCUGCAGCUCAUGCUUAUGAUGAAGCAGCACUAAGAUUUAAAGGUAACAAAGCUAAGCUCAAUUUUCCUGAACGAGUGCAAGGAAAAACCGUGUCUGGUUACUUAACAACACGUCAAGAUUUGCCAAUAGUUUCUGAGUCGAGUACUCAAACGUCUCAGCCGCUCUCUCAAGAAAACCGCGUCAUUGUCCAGACCUACGCAGAAUUGCUUCGUAGAGGAGAUAACCAAAAUAACUUGAACUAUGGUGCCUCGGGGUUUUAUUAUCAUGGUUAUGGUGGAAAUUUAGUUUCACAAUCUUCAUCAAAUGCAACAACGAUACCUUCAGUACUGCCAACUCACCAACAGCACCACCAGCAACAAGAGCAAGAAGUUCUGAGAUUUCAAUCACAAUUUGGAACUUCUAGCGCCGGUUCUACGGAAAUUUUGGAAGAAUCCGAUAAAACAAGUCAUUCAAGGAGGUAG